AUGAUUCAUUUCCUCAUCCAAAGUCUUCUGAUUCUCCUCCUCAUAGCUUCCAUAGCCACAUCCCAGAACUGCACAACCACAUGCGGAUCCGAGUCGGUUCAGUACCCGUUCGGAUUCUCCGACGGGUGCAAAAUCCGAUUGAACUGCUCCGACCCCCAUACCUCGAUCGGUAACUUCACAGUGCAGAAUAUAACCUCCACCAGCAUCUUCGUCAAUCUUCCGGCAAAAUGUAACAGACCGGUAAAAUCUAUGAUAGAACUUUUCGGCCCAAACUUCGGCCCAACUUGGAACAACAGCUUGCUCUUCCAGAACUGCCUCAACUCCCAAAACGGCUGCUACAUUCCGGCGGCUUUUGUUGAAAAGCAGUUUGCUUUGGAAAGCUGUAAAGGCAACAACGAAAGCAUCAGCUGUUUCACCGAAGAGAAGAGUAACAGGUCGGAGAUCGUUGAGUAUGAUUACUUAAGUAGGAAGAAUUGUAAGUACUUGUUCGGUUCGAUUGCGGUUCAUUCAGGUGAUCAGAACUCGCCGCUGUCAUUGGAGUUUGAGACGAUCGAGUUGGGGUGGUGGGUUUCCGGGUCCUGCCUUGAUUGCGCUGACAAUGCCGCGUGUACGCAUGUUAAGCUCCCCGGGGUGAAUCCCCCGGGGUUCCGCUGCCAGUGUUUGGAAGGGUUUCACGGCGACGGGUUCAGAAACGGGUCGGGUUGCCGGAGAGUUUCUGAAUGCAAUGCUUCAAGGUACAUUUCUGGACGUUGUGGGGGAAGAGUCGGUAUUCUUAUUGCGGUAUCCCAGGGAUCUUGUCAGCAAUGUUCAUAGUGUCCGCCAUUUGGAUAGUGAUACUACGUAGAAGGAAGAAUGUGGAAGCUGCAAAAGAGACUACAGUGUUACCUCAACUUCUAUGGAGAAGAGUUUCACACCUUGAACUUGUUAGAGCAACAAACGCAUUUGAUGAAAGCACCUUACUUGGCAGUGGUGGUUUUGGCUUAGUGUACAAAGGAACAUUUUCUGAUGGGAUAGACGUGGCCAUAAAGGUAUUCAAUUUACAACUAGAAGGGGCGUUCAAGAGUUUCGAUAUUGAGUGUGAAAUGCUAAGCAACAUUCGUCAUCGGAAUCUUAUCAAAAUCAUCAGUUGUUGUAGUCAAAUU